AUGCAGCAGAAUGAGCUGAAGGAAGACAAAAUUCACAAUGCUGAGAAUAUCCAGCCUGUGGAGCAGACGUGUAAGUCAGAUCAGUGGAAGCCUCUAAAUGUCGAGGAGAAAAAGCGCUAUGAUCGGGAGUUCCUGCUUGGCUUUCAGUUUGUCUUUGCCAGUCUGCAGAAGCCAGAGGGCUUGCCCCAUAUCACUGAUGUGGUGUUGGACAAGGCCAAUAAAACACCACUGCGUCCACUGGAUCCUGCCAGGUUACAGAGCAUAACUUGUGGCCCAGACUUCACUCCAUCCUUUGCCAACCUUGGCAGACCAGCCCUUGGCAGCCGUGGGCUCAUGACGGGUGAGCCAGGUAGGGAGCUAUCCCGAGGGCAUCAGCCUGGCUUGAGACCCCGGCACUCUCAAGAGGGUCCUCGAAAAGAACCACGCAAGAUCAUUACCUCAGUGUUUAUGACUGAAGACAUAAAACUGAACAAAACCGAAAAGGCCUGGAAACCCAGCAGCAAGAGGACACUGGCUGACAGGAACCAAGGAGACGAGGAUGCGGAUGAAAGCAAAACCCAGGAACUGUUCCGCAGGGUACGAUCCAUCCUAAAUAAGCUGACACCCCAGAUGUUUACGCAGCUGAUGAAGCAAGUAAUGCAGCUGGCCAUAGACACUGAGGAACGCCUCAAAGGGGUCAUCGACCUCAUCUUCGAGAAGGCCAUUUCAGAGCCCAACUUCUCUGUGGCCUAUGCCAACAUGUGCCGCUGUCUCAUGGCGCUAAAAGUGCCCACUACAGAAAAUCCAACAGUAACUGUAAACUUCCGAAAACUGUUGUUGAAUCGAUGUCAGAAGGAGUUUGAGAAAGACAAAGAUGAUGAUGAGGUUUUAGAGAAGAAGCAGAAGGAAAUGGAUGAAGCCGCUACAGCAGAAGAACAGGAACGUCUGAAGGAAGAGCUGGAAGAGGCUCGAGAUAAAGCCCGGCGGCGCUCUCUUGGGAAUAUCAAGUUUAUUGGGGAGUUGUUUAAGCUGAAGAUGUUGACCGAGGCGAUAAUGCACGACUGUGUAGUCAAACUGCUUAAGAACCACAAUGAAGAGUCUCUCGAGUGCCUGUGCCGUCUGCUGACCACCAUUGGCAAAGACCUGGACUUUGAGAAAGCCAAGCCGCAAAUGGAUCAGUAUUUUCACCAAAUGAAAAAAGUCGUUAAGGACAAGAAGACGUCUUCCAGAAUUUGCUUUAUGCUGCAAGAUGUGCUAGAUCUGCGUCGAAGCAAUUGGGUACCACGCAGAGGGGACCAGGGUCCCAAGACCAUUGACCAAAUCCACAAGGAAGCUGAGAUGGAAGAACAUCGGGAGCACAUCAAAGUGCAGCAGCUCAUGGCAAAGGGCAGUGACAAGCGACAGGGUGGCCCUCCAGGCCCAUCCAUCGGCCUUGGUCUUCCACUUGUGGACGAUAGUGGCUGGAACACAGUCCCUGUCAGCAAGGGCAGCAGACUCAUUGACACUUCACUUCUCACCCAGAUCACAAAGCCUCGCUCCCUGGAUUCAGACAAUCUGCUCUUUGCACCUGGAGGGCGACUGAGCUGGGGCAUGUUUCUCAAUAUAUUUGACUGUGGCCAUCUGAGUAUCUGCCUCUGUUAA